AUGAGAAAAUCGUUAUUCAAAAAAGAUAACCGAUGGGUAGAAAAGGAGAAAUAUAAGAACGGAUGCAAAGAACUCCAGAAAUAUUGUAAAGAGUUGAAAGAAAUAGAUGAUAAAUUCAAAGUAAAUGAUAAAGUUAAAGGACUUUGUGAAGGGAAAGAUAAAAAAUGCGAGGAACUGGGAGGAAAAGUAAAAGCAGGAUUGGGAACUUUUAAAGAGGAACUUGAAAAAGCAUUCAAGAGAUAA